AUGGGCGCCGUCGCGAGCUGUAAGGCCACCAAAGAGGGCUGCUGCACCACAACGACGGGUUCUCCGCCUUUGGAGGUGGAUGCAGUGCACCCCGAACUUCCUGGAUCGGACGACUAUGCGCCCCAGACGGAGUCGGCGGAGCCUGCCGAUCUCCCCCGCGCCGACAGGAACGUCCCAAAUGCCCGGACUGAGGCCCUUUCACUGGCAAGGGCCCGGUUCAUGAGAGAGAUCUCCCCGGCUUCCAUGCUUUCCACAGAGUCCUCACAUUUCCAUCUCGACCCGGAGCUGCUACGCGGCAUCCCGCUGAAGGCGGCCUUGUAUGGCUUGGGGAAGAUUUGGAGGAGGUCGCCGAUGGAUCUUCCGGAUGACGCAGCGAGGGCCUCGCUGUGGAGCCGGUCCACCGUCACGGACGAGUUGGAUAUCUUCCUGAGCCACACUUGGCACACACCGGGCUGGAAGAAGGUGCUUGCGCUGCUGGUCCAGUCGGGUUCCCACUGCUUCUUGUUCGGCUGGCUCCUCGGGGCUACGCUGGUCUAUCUCCUGGAGCUGGCUGGCGUUUUUCCUCCCUGGUGGAGCUUCCCGCGGGGGCUUUCCAUGCGGCUCGGCGGUUUUCUUGGGUCCUUCGCCGGCCUCCUGACUUCGCCGUAUAUGCCCUGGUGCUGUGGUGGCCGUGAAUUGUGUUUCCUUGACGUGGUCAGCAUCAACCAGGCCGAUUCUGAGCUCAUGCAGAAGGGCGUCUACGGCUUAGGCGGCUUCUUAGCCGCCUCCAGGGAGAUGAGGAUCUUGUGGAGCCUUCCCUACCUGACGAGGCUUUGGUGCGUUUUUGAAUUGGCCGCCUUUCGCAAAGCGAACCCGACGGGCAGGAUACUCUUGAAGCCCCUAUUUCUGGAGAUCGGGCUCCUCUCUGUGAUCCUCGCUGUCUACUUUUUCGUCGUCGUGGAGGACCUCAAGGUGCGCUUCUUGGGGAACAGGUCUUACGAUAUGAGCUGGAUACCUUUGGCCCUGACGUGCUGCUCCUUGCUCCCGUUCCUCGUGCUCCUUCAUGGCUUACGGCGGAUGUGCUAUGAGAAGCGCCAGAUGAUAUCCGCCCUGAGGACCUUCGAUCUAGCCAAAGUUGACUGCAAGGUCCCUAGAGACAAGGACUUCAUCUAUGAAGGCAUCCGGAUGUGGUACCGGAGCCCAGAAGGCUUCGAAGACUACGUCAGAGGCCCAUUAGCAGACGAACUUACUCAGCCUUUCUUCUUCCUGACGCUGCCAUUGGUGUACUGGGCGAUGGCUAUGACACCCGUGGUCUCGGCGGAGAUGGAUGUCUGGCUUCCUGCCCUUCAGCAGGGCUUGUCCACUGAUAAGGCAGUUGCUGCCUUUCUGGUGCUGGUCGUGACAGCUCCUCUCUUUUGUAUGAACAUCAUGCAGCUGAUUCUCUUCUUGUGCGAACACCUUUCCAGCAAGCCGGCUGGAUUUCUGGAGUACUGCAAGACCAUCCUGGUGUGGCUCGUCAUGGUCCUGGUGGUGUUCUUCUUUGUGCUGCUGGCAGGGCCGUAUAUUCAAGAAGCUCGAAUUCCGGGGGGGAUUAUAGCUGCGACGACGAACUCGAUCAUUUUCUACAUCAGCUUUCGCUGCAAAAAAGGAUAUGACUGA